CUGAUAACGCCUUCGGUUUCGAAAGUGGAGGAGACAAGGGAGACAUCGACAAUUUACACAUCCAACGAGAGCUUCCCCACCCCUGCUUCCAGAUUUUACUACGCAAAUCCCUCUCAUGGACGCCGCGGAGAUACGAAGGAAGGCACGCUUCAGUGCUCGGAGGCGCUGGAGUGCGCUGGAGUGAAGAGGGGCGCGUCACUGGCGCUUGCUUGCUAGGGCCAAAGGCCCAGGACAGCUAAAAUUAUUUCACCCCCGUCAGCAUCACAUUGCGUCUCUGUUGGUGGCAUGCCACGGAUUCGAUUCAUGACGUACAGUAUAUUUUACGCCCACCUACUCGUCUCACUCCCAUCGCCUCCCCAUCACCACCGCCGCACCUCGUCCUCCGCCCGUCCCAUCCAGCCGCAGCAGACCAUCCCCCAAAAUAACUACGACACCUCGCACGUAGCCGCCGCCCUCGCCCACUCCUGCAAGCGAAGCUCCAGCAGAGACCGUCCAGCGCCCCGGGCAAGGGGCCCCUAUCCCUCGCGGCCCCAUCGACGCAGCAGCACUCGAUCCCACCACCGCCACAAUCCCCAUCCCGACAUGGCUCCCUCUGCCACCGCCGCCGCCGCCGCCGGCAAUGGCACUGGCAGCCCGGCCGCCCCCAAGCGGCAGCAGCAUGGCUACGCCGAUGCGCCGCCCCGGGCAUCUACCUCCAAGCACGCGAGGUCGCGCACCAUCAUCCCGACGCAGUCUGGAAAGUGGAUCCUCGGCAAGACCAUUGGCGCCGGCAGCAUGGGCAAGGUCAAGCUUGCCCGAAAGGAGGAUGGCAGCGAACAGGUUCGUCUUCGCUUCGUUGUCGUCGUUCACCUUCCGCCUCCCAUCUCCCAUCUCACUUCUCUCCACACGGCCUCCCCCUGCGCACAAAGCUAACCGUCCCCUCUUCCCAGGUCGCCUGCAAAAUCAUCCCCCGUGGCUCGACCGACGAUGGCCAACAGUCCCGCGCCGACAAGGAGCGCGCCGACCAGUCCAA